GACAAACCAAAACCUAAGUAUCAAACCUCCAACCAUUGAUUUCUUCUGCAACAAACCUAUAUUGCUUUUCUGCAGCGACAAAUCAUGGGUCUUCAUUAACAGAUCUCUCCCCGAUUCUGCAACAAACGGCUGGCAUACUCCUCUCUCCCCGAUUCUGCAACAGAGCACUAGGGUUGUUGUUGUUGUGGUUAAAUCAAAAGAUGUUGAGCGUGUGUGUUUGCGAAGGGCUUAGUUUUGAAUUCGGAAGCCUGGAAGAAAAAUCAUCCAAUCAACGUUCAACGUUUUAAACAUUAUGAGUGGUGAAUGGUUUAGGCAAUAUGGGGUUUUGUUGAGUUCGUUUUUUUUUUUGCAGGGAAAGAGAUAUGGCUUAGAUAUCAACGAAAAUGUCAUAUCUCAACCAACAGCGGAUUGUUGUGUACAAAGCACUCUACACAUUUGGAGGUUAUAUGUUUGAUGUCAUGGCUGCAGUUGACCAGGCAGCUGAAGAUGGAGUUAAUAUAUUUAGUCUAUCAAUUGGACCUUCAGGUGUACCUCCAGGAUCUGCUUCAUUUUUAAAUGUACUGGAGAUGGAGUUAUUGUUCGCUACAAGAGCUGGUGUUUUGGUUGUUCAAUUGACUUAGGCGACGGACGUAUACUGCUCCGGCUGCAGAUUUGGUAUGGCAUCAUAAUGAACCAGAAGGUUUCUUUAUACUAUUUAUGUUUGGCAUGAUUGUUGACAUAAUACCAGAGCUGAUCGAAAUCAAAUAUACAUCAGUUAUAUAUAGAAUAUAAGUAUCUUAACAUUUUUACC